AUGUCCAUCUUGCCCUCGCAGAAUCUAGCUUCAACGUCGUCUUCUUCGUCUCAGGUCGCCUCUCAACACCAUAGUUCAGAUCAUGGAUUCGUCUUCCUCCAAUCCCAACCAGAACUCUCUUUUCCCACCAAACUCAGACCUUUGGAUCUCUUCGAAUCUCCGUCUCCGUCACGACGUCCGACAAUAUCUCAGGAACAAUGGCUCAGGCUACAGAUGAUUCUGUUGGAUCUUCCAAAGAGGUAUUAUUUGCUGACCUCUUCUAUGUCAAUGAAUGCAGUGAAUGAAUCAGGGAGACAAAAUGGCAAGGAAAGUUUGACUCACCCAAACGGUGGUACAAAUUCUCUCUGUGAGGAUGUUGGUCAUGCUGGGGCUGCAUCUGCUCAACACAGAAGGAAAUCGGGCAGGACCAUUGCUCUUCCACGUGGUCAACUGACUGCUGGGUCUACCAGUUAUAAAGGGAGCACUGCACCUCCAAGGGCACCUCCUCCAAGAAGACAGCUGAAGAGAAAGCCUUACAACAAAGAUUUGUUCCUUCAAGCAAAUUACAAAUUUGUUGUUUUAGAUUCAGGAGACUAUGCUCCUGAGUUGAUGGAUCCGGAUAAAAUGUUACAGUGGGAGGAUAUCAUAUGUGUGAAGUAUUCCACUCCAUUUGCUGUACAAUGUCCAAUAUGUCUAGAAUCUCCGCUGUGUCCCCAGAUUACAUCUUGUGGUCAUAUUUUGUUUCCCAUGCAUUCUGCGGUACUUUCUGAUGGAUAA